AUAAAUUUUCACGUUCAAACUCACCACACUUUCAUUAUCCUAUAUACCAACAGCUAGUAAAGCCAAGGUUCCUCUAACUUAAGGCAUCUAUAGAAUAAAACAGUUAUAUCAAAGAUCAAUUCAAAACAAAGUCACUCUUACACACUUCUAACAAGAAGAAAAAUAGGAUGAAAAAAGCACAACUAGUGUUUAUCCCUUCACCCUUUGUAGGUCAUAUAGUUUCCACUCUCGAGUUCGCGAAGCUUCUAAUCAACCGUGAUAACCGUCUCCAUAUAACCGUCUUGAUUAUGAAAUUCCCAAAUACCACAGAUAUUGAUGCCUACACUAAAUCCAUUCCCAUCUCUGAUUCUCUCAAUCUCAUCAACCUUCCAGAAUGUUCUCUUCCUCCAAACAUGGAUCGACUUCCCACCAUGACCGCCCUCCUCGAAGCUCAAAAACCAAAUGUCAAACAAGCCGUCUCCGGCCUCACCACCGGAGAAGGAAAACACAGACGCCUUGCCGCCUUUGUUGUUGACAUGUUGUGCACACCCUUGACUGAUAUUGCCAAAGAGUUCUCCGUCCCUACCCUCGUCUUCUACACUUCCGGCGUUGCUUUCCUUGGCUUGUCUCUCCAUCUUCACACUAUCAAUGAGCGAGAUAGUAUAGAUUCCACUCAGUUGCUGCAACUCAAUGAGUUGCUUGUCCCGAGUUUCGCUAACCCGGUUCCAACAAAAUCGUUGCCUAGUGUUGUGCUACAAAAGAAAUUGGAGUCGUUUUUGAUGAGAUAUUGGAAAGGCCUCAAGAAUGCCGAUGGCAUUAUAGUAAAUUCAUUUGAAGAGCUUGAAUCGCAUGCGGUUGAUUCGUUUGUAUCUGAUCCCGGUCUAGCUGGUAUAACACUAUAUCCGGUUGGACCGAUACUAAAUUUGGAACACAAAAUCAAAGACCUUGAUGAAUCCGACGAUACCAUGAAGUGGCUUGAUGAUCAACCUCCCUCCUCGGUAAUUUUUCUCUGCUUUGGAAGUUUGGGUUCUUUCGACGAGGAUCAGAUUAAGGAGAUAGCAUAUGCUAUUGAGAAUAGUGGAGUCCGUUUUAUAUGGUCUCUCCGUAAACCUCCACCAAAAAGCACCAUGGACGCGCCCUCUAACUACUCACCUUUUCAUUUGGAUUCGAUUCUACCAAAAGGGUUUUUAGAUCGAACUGCUGAUGUUGGAAGGGUCGUUGGAUGGGCCCCACAAGGUCAAAUACUAGCUCACCCUGCAACAGGAGGAUUCGUUUCUCAUUGUGGCUGGAAUUCAACACUGGAGAGUAUUUACUUUGGUGUGCCUAUUGCAACGUGGCCUAUUUCUGCAGAACAACAAACAAAUGCUUUUGAAUUGGUGAGUGAAUUGAAGUUGAGUGUGGAGAUUGCAUUGGAUUAUCGCAUAACGUUCAAUGGUGAGGCUAACUAUGUUGUAACGGCAGACAUGAUUGAGAAAGGAAUAAAGAGUGUGAUGGAUAAGGAUGGAGAGAUAAGAAAGAAAGUGAAAGAGAUGAGUGAAAAGAGUAGAAAGACUUUGUUAAAAGGAGGAUCCUCUUACACUUAUUUAGAACGUUUGAUUGAUUAUAUUAUGAAUCAAGUGUCAAAUUAAAAUAUCCUAAUAUCCACUUACAAAAAAGUCAUAGAUUUACAUUUCAAUGUUUAUAAUGUUUGGUUCUGGUUUGAGAA